GCAAGUUCUGUGUCAUCCACAGAGUACAUGUGCUCCUAUUUUUACUAUUCUGGCUGGCAGAAUUACAUUUAGAUUUUUGCAGUCCUAAAGAGAACGUGAUUUAUUAAUAGUCAGGGAAAUUGAACUUUUAAUCAAAUGCAUAGACGACUAGUGCUGAUGGAAAAGUAAACCUGGUCUUGAAAUAUUUAUGUGACAUUAGUAGCUUAUACAACCAAAUACAGCUGACUGCAAUGUGAAAACUAAGGGGAUGGAAACAUUUUGACUGCAAUAGAAAAAGCCAUAUCAAUCAAUGAGCCAGGAACCAAUCAAAUCUCCAUGAAUCUGAGGGGAGGUGCACAGCUUUAGAAAUAAGUAUCUUGUAUUUUUCAGAUUCUUUUCCAGACAUCGAAUGGACUUUACAAGCCACACUACAGACACUAACCUGCUGGUAUAUUAACUCAUACACUUGGUACGGGUAUUACUGUGUGAUACGAAGACUCAUUUUCAAAUUGAUCAUCAAACUUCUUAUAAUUGUGCCUAAAGUAAUUUAUUCAAUUUUAUUGAAGCAACAACUAUUAUGCUUUGAACUGAUUUCAUCUGAACAUUGGAUGAAAUAGAUUUAUUGCUUCCAAAGAACACACAUUUGGAAGUGAAGCACCGAACGCACAAAAAAGAUUAUAACUUAGUGAAUAGAAGAGAAUAUGCAAGAUUAUGAUGAAGCAACUGCUUUUCUGGGAGAGUGGGGUCCCUUCCAGAGAAUUAUGUUCUUGCUGCUGAGUAUCACCAUUAUCCCUAAUGGCUAUGUGGGUUUGUCCAUGGUGUUUCUGGCAGACACCCCUCAGCAUCACUGCCGUCUGCCUAACUCUCUGAAUGGAACCACUGGAGAAGCCAAUCUGAGUUCACUGCUGCCUGUAGAGGAGGUGGAUGGUGAGAUGAUCUACAGUCGAUGUAGAAGAUACAAAACUCCUGUAACAGACGGUUUCAAUGACACAACACGUGAGACUGAGCCCUGUGUGAAUGGCUGGGAGUACAGCACUGACAGGUACAUCUCUACAAUUGUCUCUCAGUGGGAUCUAGUCUGUGACAAUGACUGGAAAGGGCCAAUGUCAUUGUCCAUGAUUUUCCUCGGAAACCUAUGUGGUGCAAUAAUCUCAGGACAAGUAUCAGAUAGGUAUGGAAGAAAAGUCGUUCUCUUUGGAGGCAUUGCAAUGCAGACAAUCUUAAGUUUCAUGCAAAUGGCCUCAAGUAGCUGGGAGAUGUUCUCCAUAUUGUGCUUUUUCAUUGGAGUUGGAGAUAUUUCGAAUUAUGUAACUGCUUUUGUUUUAGGAGCAGAACUGUUCAGCAAAUCUGUGAGAAUCACUUUCACAGCACUUGGCAUCUGCUUGACAUUUGCCAUAGGCUAUGCUAUUUUACCUCUUAUCGCCUAUUUUGUCCGAGAAUGGAAACUAUUAAUACUGGCAUUGUUUCUGCCAGAACUUCUGUUUUUCCCUCUGUGGUGGUUUAUACCUGAGUCUCCCAGGUGGCUGCUAUCUCAAGGCCGAGUGGAAGAAGCAGAAGCCAUUGUGAAAGCUGCUGCUAAGAAAAAUGGCAUUAAACAUGUUGGGGAGAUAUUUCAGCGUAGCGAUAACAUGGUUUUGAAAUCCACGAAUAAACUGAAAAGUAAACACAAUUACGUGGAUUUGGUUAGAACUUUCCACGUAAGGAUAAUCACAGUCAUAUCCCUCCUUAUAUGGGUGAUUACUGCUAUCAGUUAUUAUGGUUUAACGCUCAGUACUUCCAACAUGUAUGGAAACCCUUACAUCAACUGUUUCAUCUCUGCAGUUACUGAUAUGGUAGCAUAUAUCAUUUCAUGGAGGUUGAUGCUUCAUGCACCUCGACGAAUCUCCACAGCUUCUAUGCUGCUGCUUGGUGGCAGUAUUUUACUCCUGGUUCGAUUUGUCCCAACAAGUCUUCAUAUUCUGACUUUGAUCUUGGUGAUGAUUGGUAAAUCUGGCAUUGCAAUAAGCUACGCUAUAAUCUACAUUUUUACUGCUGAGCUAUAUCCAACCUUGGUGAGAAACAUGGGGCUUGGGGCAUGCUCUAUGGCAUCCCGGGGUGCCACCAUUAUCUCCCCAUAUCUUGUUUAUCUUGGAACGUAUAACAAGGAUCUGCCUUUUAUGUUAAUGGGCGGCUUGUCAAUAAUGGCUGGAUUUUUCUGCUUCAUUUUGCCUGAAACAUAUGGCCAGCGUUUUCCAGACACAAUUCAGCAAGCACAACCAGUCAAAUGUUGCUGGCCCUUUUCCCUAAUGUGCCGUCAGAGGCCUCCUUCCUCCUUCGAGAUAUCUGCAUCCCAGCAGAGACAAUCUCAGAAUGGCAACACUUUCUUGCAUUCCCUCACAGCUGUCCAAUGUACUGAUGACAUUACUGCCUAGUCCAUCAAGCUUCUGAUUUUGCAGAUGGAAAUGGACAUUAUCACUGUGUACAGGCAACUAUGAGAAGCUGAAAAGGAACAAUGUUUGAACUUCAAGUUGUUUUCUGGAAUGUUAAAAAAUGCUAACAAAGUGAAUUGCUAAAUCAUACAAUAAAGUGAAAGCAAAAAGCCUUAAAAUCUCA